GCUCCAAACAUUCCAACACAUACAUCAUCUGACUAUAAACUACCAUCAUUAAAUAGUUUAAACAAUAACCCUGAUGAACAUUCCAAUUGGUCAUCAAACUUUAAUAAUAACGUCAGUAACCACAACAACAAUAAUAAUGGUAAUAACAGUAAUAAUAGUACAUCCACAAACAAUAACAACGAUAACAACAAUGGUAAUAAUAGUCUCAAAAAAAAUAGUAACAAAAAGAAGAAUGUCCCAAUUUUUGGUGACAAUAUAAAUAAUAGUAAUACAAAUAAUAGUAAUAAUAGUAAUAAUAGAAAUAUAAAUAAUAUAAAUAAUAUAAAUAAUAGUUCAAAUACUAAUAAUAUAAAUAAUAGUUCAAAUAAUAAUAUAAAUAAUAAUAAAAAUAUCAAAAACAACAAUAAUAAUAAUAAUAAUAAUAAUAACAAUAAUAAUGACGAUUCAUCUUCAUCGGAUGACAGUAGUGAGGGAGGUGGUAUAAUUAAAAGUCCUAGAAUAAGGAUAAAUGAUACAGUAACAGUAAUAUCACCAAGAGAAGAAAAGGAAUCAAUGUCAAAAGUUAUAAAUAGAGACAAUAAUUUAACAAGUUCAGCGCCCUCAAUUGUAAAAUCACCACCACCAAAAGAUUCAAUAGAAUUACAAACAAUCACAUCCCCAAACAAUAAUAAUAAUGCUGUUAACCAAUCAACAAAUUUAAAAUCAACUUCACCAACAAUUAAUAAUAGUAGUCAAACACCAAAAUCGCCUAAAGAAUCUGGAUUUAAUACAGUUAGUUCAUAUCCUACAGAGUUACAUAAAUUGGGUGGCAGUGGCGAAAACCUUAACCCAUUAUCGAAGGCACAAGAGUUACCAUAUCAAGUUAUUACUUUAAAUGAUAUUGACCAUUCAAAAGAUAUGGAUUAUGAUCCAGAUAAAUCAUCAGAAGAGGAAGAAGAAGAGGAAAAGAAAAAGAAAAAGAAAAAGAAAUCUUUUUUCAAACGUCUUUUUAGUGUAAAAAUUUUAAUUAUUUUAUUAUUGGUAUUAUUAUUACUAAUAUCAGCAGUUGGCGUAAUAUUCCGAAUAUUUUGGCCACAUAUCGAAAUUGUUCAGGUUCAAGUUUUAAGAUGGGCCCUCUAUAUAGAUAUUGCAGUUGUGGGUUAUUUAUUGGUUUAUUGGAUCGUCAGGGCGUUCUUUUCAAUAUUUUCAUCAACAAUGUAUCUUCAACAACAUGUAUUCUAUUAUGUUAAUGGAUUUGUUAGACCUCUUAGUUGCUUAUUAUGGGCAGUUAUUGUAUUUUUUGCUACCGAGCCCGUAUUGGAGUUACCAGCAUACACAAAGGACUCCAUGGAAAAGUAUUACACCGCUUUAAAGGCUGUAAUGUAUGUCAGUUUAUUUUACUGUGGUAGGGUCGUACUUGUAAAAAUUUUAGCAGCUAGAACCAACAGAAAGGCAUUCUAUACUUCACUAAAACAGUCGCUUUUAAACGAGGAGCUUUUAGAACAACUUUCUACCAGAAAACCUUCAGCUUUAUCUCAAUCAGUAUCUGCUUCUUUAAAAAAGAAAAAGAAAAUGGGCGUUAGUCAAUGGAUAGAGUCUUUGAAAACUCGUAAUCAACUUAGUGGCAAAUUAAACUCGCGUGCUGAACAAUUCACCCAAGUCGAAGCAAGAAAAAUUGCCAAGCAAAUUCUACGAAAUGCAGACAGAGAUAAGAAAGGUUAUUUAGUUAAAGAUGAUUUAAAUGGUUAUGUCAAGGAGAAACAUUUAGAAAAAGCAUUCAAUACAAUUGGAAGUAUUCAUGGCGAUAUGAUCAAAAAAGACGACUUAACAAAUUGGGUACUUAGAGUGGUUAGAUCCAGAAAAACUUUAGAAUAUCGUUUAAGGGAUCAUGAAGAUAUUGGUAGAGUUAUUAACGAAAUUGUAAAUUUUAUAUUUUGGGUUUUAAUGUUUUUAUUUGUUAUGACCUUGUAUGGCGUCGAGGUAAGUGUUUUCUUGGUACCACUUUCAACUACAAUUCUAGCUCUUUCCUUUGCAUUCGGUACAACUUUAAGAAAUGUUUUCGAAUCCUUAAUUUUAAUAUUUUUUGUAAGACCAUACGAGGUCGGAGAUAAAGUUGUAAUUAAUCAAUUGGAGGCAUUAUUUGUAGAUAGAAUUGGUAUUGUUUUUACAUCGUUUAAAACCAUGGAUGGUAAAGCAGUAUAUUUACCAAAUUCAGUAUUGGUUUUAGCAAGAAUCGAAAAUUUCCAAAGAUCAGAAGAUGUUGCUGUUGGUCUUGAUGUUACCGUAAACUUUAAUACACCAGUAGAGAAACUUUACAUGAUCGAGGCCAAAUUAGAUAAAUGGGUCAAGGCUCAACCAGAAAAAUGGAGACCAGAUAUAUAUAUGAGCUUCUCAAAUAUUAUUGGUACCAAUCAGAUUGUAGUUCGUUAUGGUGGUUCUUUAAUUGCCACUUGGCAAGAUGGUAGACGUAUUCGUAUUCUCAAAAACGAUUUCUUAUUCAAAAUGAAAGAGUGGCUUUCAGAUGCCAACUUUGAAACUUGUCCAGCUAAGCAACAAAUCGAGUUCUUAAACUCUCCUUCUGUUGUUGAGUCUCACUUUCAUCCACCAAACCCAAUUUUCAAUAAAUAAAUUAUAGUUUAUAUUAAACUGUUUUAUUUAAGAAAAUCCAAUAUUUGGUUUUUUUUUUAUAAUUUUAGAAUUAAUAAAUAAAAUAAGAAAGGUAUAUUUAGAAUAUAUUGUUAUAGUUCCAUAAAAACUAAACAAUACCAUAUUU